CCAGAGCCAUACACCAUAGCAGUAAACUAUAAUCAGUUUCCAGCCCAGAGGGAUAUAUGCGCAGAUUUUUUUAAAUACCAUGAAGAAGACUAUAUACAGGAAGAUGAGGUAUCAGUUCUUGCACAUAGAUAUACAACAGUCCUUUAUUACUCCCCAGGUCAGGGGAAAUUUCCAGUGUUAGAGCAGCAAAAAUCUUUCAGAGCAGCACUAACUACAGUUUACUACAGUAAAGAUAAUUAUAAUAACAAUAAUAUAUACAAGAAUGAAAAAUGAAUAAAUACAGUAUUACUACACUAUAAGUGACAUCAGCAUAAAGUGGCUUGUGGAAUACAUUUAAAGUGCAGAAAAUGCCAGCAGUACAAGGAGUUGUGGAUGUUUUCUCAAAACAGGUGAGUCCUGUGAAUAUGACCAACAUAUGAGAUAAAACUACCAGAAACAUGUACAAAAUGACCAAAAUAUGAUUGGUUGAUAAUGUAUCAGUGUUGUUACUGAUUAUUGAUCGGUUGCAGGGACAGAGAUUUGUGUCUGAGUCUCUGCUGUCAUCUAAUCUCUCUCAUGCAAGAUCAUGUCACAGGAGGGGGCGCUACUGGCCUCUUGUGGACACAGGCGGUAACGACAUGACAUUAUUAGUAACUGUAUAGCUGGCAACAUUACAGUUGAGGAGCACUUCCUGUUCAUGUUCAACGUAAAAGCAUCUUUAUUGUACAUUUAAUGUCAAAAGUAUUACUAAGCGAUUUUGGUAGAUUCAGAAGGAUCUCUGAUGUAAACUAAGUUGCAUUUAACGACAGCUAGCUUCUCCACUUGCUCCAAUUACUUUUGUUGUAGUCCGAGUCACGUCCAAACAGGAAAUGAAUUCAUAAUGUAGCUAAUGACAAUCUAUAGCUGCAUCUGUGAUGGCAGCGUUAGCGAGCUAGCAGCUAAUCAGAAGCUAGUGACAAGCUAACUCCAGCGCUACAAGCAGCGUCUCUUUAAAAGGUGCUGAUCACGCUAUCAGGCUGAAACGUGAGACCUGGGACAGGGAAAGGAGCUAGAGCGCUGUGUCUUGCAGAGGAUUUAUUUUAGAACUACGCAUGUUAAGGUAUUAGUCCGUGUCAUAGCGAAUCCUCGUUAGCACUUCCGCUAGCUCGGCUAAUACUUCCGUUCACGACUGCAUUUGUAAAUUAGGUAUAACGUGUUCAUUUUUGAACGUAUAGUGACAACAAACACAAUUUGAGACUGUCGACAAGCUAGUGGUCCUUAAAUAGAUUUUGUUUCAUACUGCAGAUUCUUCUGAGUCUCACAAAACCACGUUUUAGCAUAAUAGCAUUACUAUAGUUUUACGUAUAAUAAACCCCAUGACAAUUGUUAACUUCAGGCCCAAUUUGCUGCAUUACUGUGUUUUCUAAUUGUCUGAAAACAAAUACCUCUGGAUUUUGGACUGUUUUUCAGAACGACCAAACACGCGUUUAGAUAUCAUCUUGGCUUUUCAGAACUUACGUUCACAUUCUUUUUUUUUUUUUUUUUUUUUGCCAUUUUAGCUGUGCUUCGUUCCUCUUCUGUCAUCCUAGUGCACUGUGUGUUAUCUGUGAUUUUUUUGUUCCUUUUUUUCCCUUUACUGGCAUAUUAAAGGGAGAAAAUACAAAAAUACAAAUGGACGAUUAUUAUUAUUAUUAUUAUUAUUAUUGUUAUUAUUAUUUUUACUAAAAAAAAAAAAAAGACUAAACUGAAUUGAAGUGAAAGACACUAUUUCCCCAGUUGAAUUGGCAGUCACCUGUUUGAUAAAUAAAGUGCAACUUCUUCUGUCACACUACAUGAAUUGCAUUAGCGUUAUAGUGUUUUGUCUCUACCUAACCGCUGUGUGUGGAUACAAAAAUGCCUGUUGUCAAUGCUUGAACCCUAAUACGGUGAUAAUAAUUUAAAAGAAAAAAAAUGUUUCCAUGAUUGUGCCUGUUACAGUUGUUUGUUACUAGAAAACUAGAAAUUGACCUGUCAUCAUUUGUGCAUAACACGUUGCCUGCCGCAUGCACUGAUUUAAAAAAAAAAAAAACAAAACAAAAAAAAACAAAAUUUUUUUUAACUCCAAUUGUGCCUGUUAUAUGCUUACAUGUACUUUUACUCCAAUUGUGCCUGUUAUAUGCUUACAUGUACUUUUUACUCCAGUUGUGCCUGUUAUAUGCUUACAUGUGAUGUUUAACUACACGGUCCAUUUUCAUUGUGUUCUUGCAGAAAUUGCCCUGUCAUCGUUUGUGCACGGCACGUUCAAUUUUUGUCAUUCCAAUAUGAUCUGCUUGUGUGUGUAUCACAGUUUCAAAGUUUUCAUCACGGUUUCUGCCUUCAUCGUCACUUAUGGUCAUUCUGAUAUGAUUUGCCUGUGCAUUUAUCAAAUUGUUAAUCACACUUUCAGCUUUAAGCGUGAAUUUUAGUCAAUCUGAUAUGAUUUGCCUGCGCAUGUACCAUAUUUUUCAUCAUAUUUUCUGCUUUAAUCAUGACCUCUUCAAGAGGUUAUCUUGUUAUAACCUAGAUUGAAGUCGGUGAAGAUGGCUUUAAGCAGUAUGAUGUCAUCACGGCUCUGGACAUGGACGCCAUGAUGAGUACGAUGUACGCGUGGCUGCAGAACCUGGUGAAGUUUGACAAGUCUCAUGGUGUUAAUAACACCUUGGACACAGAGAUCGUCCCCGAGUCUGACCACGAGGAGGAGGAGACGACUCACAUCCUCAUUGUAGAGACCAUCUUGCUUUACACCUACAGGCCUUUGAUCCACAUGCUAUGCCAACGUUAACCUUAUUUUACAUAUGAAAAACGCAAAAAAAAAAAGAAAAAAAAAAGGUGCUCUAGGAACUACAAAGUGCCAGCCAGGCAUUAGUCAUUCCAAUAUGAUCUGCUUGUGCAUGUAUCACAGUUUUCAUCACAAUUUCUGCCUUAAUCAUCAGUUAUGGUCAUUCUAAUAUGAUUUGCCUGUGCAUUUAUCACAUUUUUCAUCACACUUUCUGCUUUAAGCAUCAAUUAUAGUCAUUCCAAUAUGACCUGCUUGUGCAUUUAUGCAAUUUUUCUUCACAUUUUCUGCUUUAUCCGUCAAUUUUUGUCAUUCUAAUAUGACCUUGCUCUGUAGUGUGAACAUCACAGAGACCUGUGCUAAUAGCAUUAGCGUUCUGAUGAUUUUCCCGUGAUUCCUUGCAGUGUCUGCCGCCAUUUUGUUGCCUUCCGCCAUUUUGCUGCCGCUGCUCCGGAGGCCUUCGCUGUACCACACAGACUGUUCAGAAAGAGCGACUGACGACCGUUUAAGAGGAGCUAACCGCGAUCUUUCUGUCCACGACCGAGGCUGGGCUUCGUUGUCAAGUGGGUGAGAAGAAAACAAAGGUGUCGCGCCAGCCAGCCAGCCGACAAUGCUAACGGACGUCAUGGGAAGGCAGGAUUAGAGAUCAGAGGAGAGGCCUAUGCUGAUAGCAUUAGCGGUCACAUGAUCUUCCCCAAGAUGUUUUGCGGUUACGAGAAACCAUCGAGUUCCAUGUUGCUGCGAUGGCCGAGGAGAGGCACCUGUGGGUUUCCCUGCCUGGGAGACAAAUGGACCGGGUGCAGUAACUCCUCUUGCUCUUCCUCUCGCCGGACCUCCUUCAGCUCCUCUUCUCACGGGCCUCCUCCUCCUCUCACCGGUCCUCACCCACCAUGUUUUAUUUUUAGAAUUCAACUUUGGAUCUGUUUCUGGAGGUUUCAUCCACUGACUGACUCUGGAUCUGAUUUCGUUAUGCAGACGUCAGAUAAUGAAGUGUGAAGACAGACACGGGAACUCUUGAUGCAGUGUGCCAGCCAAAAGAAGCUCGACACCAGUCUGAAAGGGAAGUUCCACAGUUUCUAUGAAGGAGGAGUUGCUGAAGCGGGAAAGCCAACACCUAACUCCUGAACGACUCAGUCUACACAGAGCUGUACAUCACAGGUUAGGUUGGGGGUACUUAACGUAGGCCUCACCCACCUCAAGGGACCGAGACAUCCAACUCUUCAAGCCUAUCCGGGCAGGUUGUAGUAACCUAACGGUGAUAACAAGCAACCUGUUAACCUAUGUAGGCGGUAAGUAUGCGGCCCUCCUGGGUUCCGACUCUAGGAACAGCAUGCAGGAUGUGGUGGUCCAGGGCAUCAGCACCUCAAUCGUUGCCCAGUCUUCUAGAAGGCUUAGCCUCACCCACCCAACAGCCCAUUCUGCACCACACACGCUGAAUUGAAUCUGCCAAAAAAAACCAAUUGGACUCCUUCAAAUUGACCUGACCCCCUAACAUUCUCAUCCCCUGGCCUGAUGUAGGGGACCAGGCCGUGGAUGCACCGGGACCUAGGACCGUUAUCCGACCUCUUUUCUCUCACUCCCUCUACCUUAAAUUCUAAGACAAAAAGACUUUUACAUAUUCGGCCCUUAUGACUGACCUCUAAAAAAAACCCCGAAACCUGUAAUAACAACUGACUUAGAACAGCUCAAAACACUUACCUGUAAAACAACGAUACUUGGGUAGAAUAUAGAAUAAAUAGAUUUACUUACCUUAAAACAAUCCUUCGUAGUCACCUGUAACAAACCACAAAUGUACCUACCUGACUCACCUGACUACAAGACUGAUCAUCGCAAAACAGACCUUAGACCCAAGAACGAAUAAAAUAAACAAAAUCUACUUAUUUUCUUUUAAAAAAAUAAUAAAUAAAUAAAUAAAUAAAUAAAUAAAUAAAUAAAUAAAUAAAUAAAUAAAUAAAUAAAUAAAUAAAAGACUUGCAAUUGACGACAGGACGCACUCUGAGACCUGAUCAGUCUCGGCGGGGCCUCCCUUGGGGGAGAGUGUCUAGUGAUAAUGGCCGAAACACUCGUUGAUCCCAAGGUCCACUACUGAUGACGUGUCCUAAAAUUAAUAAAACAUUUAGGCCUAGAUUACCUUACAACCCAGAGACCCUGAAACACUGAAUCAAUAUAGGCGGUCUCUUUAAUAGGUAACACAGGACCUAACUACAGGCUUUUAGAUCCACCAAGACUGGGACCAUUAGCCACUUGACUAGACUUAGCCUGACUUCUGACCCUACACCUAGCCCUGACCUCUGACCCCAUCCCCUGACCCUAACCUCAACCCCCUCCCCUCACCUCUUGACCUCUAACCCUAACUCCCUGACCUCUAACCCUAACCCUAGAACCUUCAAAACCUGAACCACCAAUUUGGACUAGUGUAGGGCUGCUUUUGGAGUCUGGGCUCAUAUAGGAUGGCAGGUACUCACUCGGUGCGCACCAAGCUUUCGGGCUGUUUGUCAUUCUAUCCAAUCACGGUCUGGGGACAGGUCUCGUACCGGGGGCAGUGCCUGAGCUUGGCUCGGCACUACAAAUGCUCUUUCCCAGUCCUGUGUCUCCUAAGCAACCUCUACAUCAAAUACGCAUACUCCCACAACUCCCAAACGGACUUUAUAAACCAGACCGAACCCUGUAACCUUAACCCCCUCCCCUAACCCCUGACCUCUAACCCUAACUCCUUGACCUCUAACCCUAACCUUCAAAACCUGAACCACCAAUUUGGACUAGUGUAGGGCUGCUUUUGGAGUCUGGGCUCAUAUAGGAUGGCAGGUACUCACUCGGUGCGCACCAAGCUUUCGGGCUGUUUGUCAUUCUAUCCAAUCACGGUCUGGGGACAGGUCUCGUACCGGGGGCAGUGCCUGAGCUUGGCUCGGCACUACAAAUGCUCUUUCCCAGUCCUGUGUCUCCUAAGCAACCUCUACAUCAAAUACGCAUACUCCCACAACUCCCAAACGGACUUUAUAAACCAGACCGAACCCUGUAACCUUAACCCCCUCCCCUAACCCCUGACCUCUAACCCUAACUCCUUGACCUCUAACCCUAACCUUCAAAACCUGAACCACCAAUUUGGACUAGUGUAGGGCUGCUUUUGGAGUCUGGGCUCAUAUAGGAUGGCAGGUACUCACUCGGUGCGCACCAAGCUUUCGGGCUGUUUGUCAUUCUAUCCAAUCACGGUCUGGGGACAGGUCUCGUACCGGGGGCAGUGCCUGAGCUUGGCUCGGCACUACAAAUGCUCUUUCCCAGUCCUGUGUCUCCUAAGCAACCUCUACAUCAAAUACGCAUACUCCCACAACUCCCAAACGGACUUUAUAAACCAGACCGAACCCUGUAACCUUAACCCCCUCCCCUAACCCCUGACCUCUAACCCUAACUCCUUGACCUCUAACCCUAACCUUCAAAACCUGAACCACCAAUUUGGACUAGUGUAGGGCUGCUUUUGGAGUCUGGGCUCAUAUAGGAUGGCAGGUACUCACUCGGUGAGCACCAAGCUUUCGGGCUGUUUGUCAUUCUAUCCAAUCACGGUCUGGGGACAGGUCUCGUACCGGGGGCAGUGCCUGAGCUUGGCUCGGCACUACAAAUGCUCUUUCCCAGUCCUGUGUCUCCUAAGCAACCUCUACAUCAAAUACGCAUACUCCAUUAACUCCCAAACGGGCUUGUUAACCAGACCAAACCCUUAACCCAAGUUAAAACAUCAUGCAAAGUGCCUCAAAACCUGCUCAAAAACAAUAAAAACUGACUCUGAAAUGACUCAAAUGCUCGAAAUUUGUCCAAAAGAAGUUACAAUAUUGUGCAAAAUACCUCAAAACAAGAUAAAAACUGACUUGAAAUUCUUUGAAAUGACUAAAAAAAAAAAUCUAUACAGGUGUAACCAGGUGGUAAACAGAGGCAAGUAAAUAUACUGAAAACCACUGAAAUCCCUGUGUGACUCUUCUGCUGAUUGUUGUUUUGGACAGCAGGGGGCAUAUUGUUAUUGUUGUAUUGGUGGUAGUUUUGAGGUCAAAGGGCAAGAUACUGGAAGUUGUGUUAACAGAACAAAGGGUUACUGGUUAUUGUGGGACAAUAGGAAAUGUAAAUAAUACCGUGCUGUGAAAGACUGAAUUAUGAAAUAUAGUGACAGGGUGGUAAAUUGUUUAUUUGCAUUAAAAAUCCACUUUAUGUCUGUGUACUGUGCUGACGAGUGCCGACGGUUAGAGAAUGAAAACGCUGCACGUUAUUAAAUAUUAAAAUAUUUGGCUGCAAGACUAAAAUAUGCAUCAAUCUCAUACAAUGUUGACACCUCUUUUGUGGAGUUAAACAAUGAGAACAAAUGCAGACAAAAAAAAAGAAAAAAAAAACAAAAACGCUGCACGUGUGCUGCCGGUGCCAAUGGUUCGUGUGCGAGGUAUGAUACUUCCAGUGUAUCAUCUUACGUUCUUAGUUCCAUGAAAUAUGAAUGUAUUAUUAUAUGCAUUGUAUUUUUGUGUUGGUUAAUGAUGAGAUGUUUGUAACUGCUUUUGUGUUACUGCAGUAUGUGUUUCGAACAGAGGCUUAUACAAGGCAGUGUGGUAAGUGUGGGUUUUAUUUAGUUAGGCAAAGUUGGCAAGAUAUUCACAGAGUUGGACUUCCGGCAUCAAUACAUUUUUAUACACUGCAGUGUAUAAAAAUCAAGUAUUUGAAUAUUUGUGUAGUGUCUCCCUUCACUGGUGCAGCGGUUUUGCUAUUUGCAGACAGUCCCUGUUCACUCGUUGCACAGCCAGCUGCGCAUAGACAUCCGUGUUAUUUCUGCAGCUGGAAAGACAGCGACUUUUGAUAAAACUGGCCUUGUAGCACAUUGUGUAGCUUACAACGAUGGGAAAGAGGCAAUAUGUUAUUGCAACGUAUAUCUCAUGAGGUAUAGAUGCCGGUAGUCCAAAUCUGUGAAUAUCUUGCCAACUUUACCUAACUGUUUUAUUUGCCCACUAGGUGCCACAGCCGUAUGUUUCUGUUUUUAGUACUAUUUCUGGUGCUGUUUCUCAUAUUUCUACUAAUGUGUUGCGCCAUAGGUUUUUGUAAAACACAUUUCAUUGUAUAAAUUCUAUUAGAUGUAAAUAACUUGGGAAACAAAGAACCCCCACAAAUUUAAUUUGAAGUAUUGGUGUCUGAUUUAAGCCGGCUUCAAAUCUAAUGUUAGAUUCAGUGUUAAAUCCACAAACAGAGAGACUUUUGGUGACUUUUCAGAGCAUAUUUUAACAUAAACUCAGACUUUUGAUGACUUUUCUGUUCGUAUUUUAACAUAAAGUCAGACUUUUGGUGACUUUUCAGAGCAUAUUUUAACAAACUCAGAUUUUUAUUGACUUUUCAGAGCGUAUUUUAACAUAAACUCAGACUUUUAUCGACUUUUCAGAGCAUAUUUUAACAUUCGGAGCGCUAACUCAGACUUUCCUCUCUUCUCCAGCAUUAAAACUUUGUCUGCAGAGAGAAAAGAAUGACUCCAUUUUUUGCCAGACUGGAGGAGGUUGGAGAGAGUCUGUCGAUCUCUCUGGACCUGACAUUUGAAAACCUCCACCUCUCCUCACCCUCCCAGCCCACUGAUGUGAGGAAAUCCAGCUCUGAACAGACUGAACUUCUAAAUCCCUCCUGGAACUUCACCCUGAACAGACAACUGCAACACCGUGGUAACUUGCAGAUUACAGUAACUCCUCUUGCUCUUCCUCUCGCCGGACCUCCUUCAGCUCCUCUUCUCACGGGCCUCCUCCUCCUCCUCGUCUGACCGGUUCUCGCCCACCAUGAAUUCAACUUUUGAUCUGCUGCUUGUGGUGCUGCUGGUGGUGGUGCUGCUGCUGGUGGUGGUGGUGGUGCUGCUGCUGCUGCUGGUGGUGCUGCUACUGCUGGUGCUGCUGCUGCUGGAGGUUUCAUACACCACGUUAUUGUCUAUUUACGCACAAACAGACACGGGAACGCUUGAUGUAGAGAGUGCCAGCCAAAAGAAGCUCUACACCACUCUGAAAGGGAAGUUUCACAGUUUGUAUGAAGGAGGAGUUGCUGAAGCGGGAAAGCCAACACCUAACCUCUGAAUGACUCAGUGUCUACACAGAGCUGUGCAGGCAGGCAGGGAGGGAGGGAGGGAGUUUUAGGGAGGGAGAAGUCAUAGUUUUCAGUUUGCCGGUUUUUAGUUAUUGUUGGUCAUUUUCAGUCACUCUUGUCAGUGACUGUGAUAAUUUGCUGUCACUGGCUUUCACUUUUUUCUUUUUUUUUUUUUUUUCCUUUUUUUGUGUCAUUUUUAUUUAUUAUUUAUUUAUUUAUUAUCAUUUAAUUAUUAUUUAUUCAUUUAUUAUUUAUUGAUUUAUCUUUUAUUAUUUGUUAUUUUUUAAAUUUUAAACACUUCUAAGUCAUAUUUGCACAUUUUGAUUGCUAGGUGACGCUCAAUCAGUUGGUUUUAGCUGUUGACUGUAGACUUAACUAAAAAAAUAAAUAGAGAGAGAUAGAGAUAGAUAGAUAGAUAGAUAGAUAGAUAGAUAGAUAGAUAGAUAGAUAUAGGUAGCAGCUUGUUUCUGGAUCCAGUUCAUGGCUCACGUCAUUGGGGCGAACCACAUAGCCCUGAGCUAGUUAGCUGGUGAACCCUGUGCUGUCGCUGUGAGUCUGAGCUUUGAUGUGCCUGGUCACAUUCCCAGGCAAAGUGCGGCUGUCGUGUGUCGGUAACUUAUUUAUAAUAGAUUUUUGCUUGAGUUUCUCUGAGAGGAUUUAUGCAUUGUCAGGGUUAGGCCAGCCAGCCGGUAUUUAGGCUUAGAUGGAGUUUACCGCUGUACUGCACUGUGUGGCUUCACAGAUAAGUUCAUCGUGGAGUUGCAGGACAAAAUAGGCUCCUCUGACCUGAGACGUCCUGUAUUUAGCCUUAGAUGGAGUUUCCCACACGCUUUUGGGCUGCAUUCCCACACAACUCGACUGCAGUUAUUACGAGCUGGUGUGUUGGUGGUGUGUUGGUGCUGCUGGUGCAGCAGUUAUAAAUAAUAAAUAAAUAGAUAUAUAAAUAGAUACGUACAUAGAUAAAUAGAUACGUACAUAGAUAGAUACGUACAUAGAUAAAUAGAUACAUACAUAGAUAAAUAAAUACAUACAUAAAUAAAUAGAUACAUACAUAGAUAAAUAGAUACAUACAGAGAUAAAUAAAUACAUAGAGAUAAAUAAAUAAAUACAUAAAUACAUAGAUAAAUAAAUACAUAUAUAGAUAAAUAAAUACAUAAAUAAAUACAUUUAGGUAGCAGUUUGUUUCUGGAUGUUAUUUAUUAAUUUUUUUGGGUGAGCUUCUCUGACUCUUGACUUUGUCCAUGUCACAGUGGUAGUUCUCUGAUGCAGGAGUGAACCCCUCCUGUAUAUAUAUCUAUAUAAAUGCAUAUCUAUAUACAUGUAUCUCUAUGUACAUGCAUAUCUAUAUACAUGCAUCUCUAUGUACAUGCAUAUCUAUAUACAUGCAUAUCUAUAUACAUUUGAAGGUUGUGGGGUUGGGGAUAAGUUAAACAUAAGCCAGUGCCAAAAUAGACAAAAUGCAUGAAUAUAGCUUUAAAAUAAAUAAAAAAUAUAUGAAAUAGCUCACGCAUGCAGCUCACCUUACACGGCUAUGUUUUUGCAGCUGGACUGAUUGAGUCACACACGUUUUCCAGAUGAUACACAUUGAUGUGUUCAAUUCAUAAACUGAUGACAAUUUGUUUUUGCUGUGCUUGUUGUUGUUGUUGUUGUUGUUUUUGUUUUCUUGUAACUCCUCUUGCUCAUCCUCUCACCGGACCUCCUUCUGCUCCUCUUCUUACGGGUCGCCACCGGACCUCCUUCUGCUCCUCUUCUCACGGGCCGCCGCCGCCUCCUCCUCCUCCUCCUCGUCCUCUCAGCGGUCCUCAUCCACCAUGAAUUCAAUCUUUGAUCUGCUGCUGCUGCUGCUGCUGCUGCUGCUGCUGCUGCUGCUGCUGCUUCCUCCUAAACCUGCGGACCAAGAAGCGGCUCUCCGGGGUCAAGGAGCUGAUCUCGGCCCGCGCCCACUGCGAGGUGGCCCGGGGAACAGACGUCGACAACCCUGGCUGACAGUGUGGUCAAGGUCAUGUACUUGUCUUCUUCCGAUUCUGAAUUGGGUCCUCUGACCCACAAGUCCAAACGUGGCAUCAAUGUGAUGACGUCAUGCCUUGCCUUGAGGCAGGACUUAGGAUUUGUCCACCUCUGGCGAACAGCGAUGCUGAUAUCCAUCAGGACUGGCUGUGGGUUUCUCCCUGAGGACCUCAGCUCUGGCCUCCUUCUCAAACAGGGCGGCAGGAGACAGCGGUGUCCUCAUGGCACGGUUGCUGAUCGGGUCGUAGGCCGUUGGAGGAGCCCACUUCUGUGUAAUAACAUUGAAUGUCUUUUUGCUAGUGCAUUUAACAAGUUUUUCGUCAUGUUUCCUUCUGCUGUCAUCACGGCUAUUAGUUGCUCUUAUGUGACCUGUUUGUGCAUUUAUCAAGUGUUUAAUCAUGAUAUCAUGUUUCCUUUUGCUUUCAUCACGGAUAUUAGUCGCUCUUAUGUGACCUGCUUGUGCAUUUAUCAAGUGUUUAAUCAUGACAUCAUGUUUCCUUUUGCUUUCAUCACGGAUAUUAGUCGCUCUUAUGUGACCUGCUUGUGCAUUUAUCAAGUGUUUAAUCAUGACAUCAUGUUUCCUUUUGCUUUCAUCACGGAUAUUAGUCGCUCUUAUGUGACCUGCUUGUGCAUUUAUCAAGUGUUUAAUCAUGACAUCAUGUUUCCUUUUGCUUUCAUCACGGAUAUUAGUCGCUCUUAUGUGACCUGCUUGUGCAUUUAUCAAGUGUUUAAUCAUGACAUCAUGUUUCCUUUUGCUUUCAUCACGGAUAUUAGUCGCUCUUAUGUGACCUGCUUGUGCAUUUAUCAAGUGUUUAAUCAUGACAUCAUGUUUCCUUUUGCUUUCAUCACGGAUAUUAGUCGCUCUUAUGUGACCUGCUUGUGCAUUUAUCAAGUGUUUAAUCAUGACAUCAUGUUUCCUUUUGCUUUCAUCACGGAUAUUAGUCGCUCUUAUGUGACCUGCUUGUGCAUUUAUCAAGUGUUUAAUCAUGACAUCAUGUUUCCUUCUGCUUUCAUCACGGAUAUUAGUCGCUCUUAUGUGACCUGCUAGGCUAACAGUUGUGACCUUCUUUGUUUCUGCUAGGCUAACAGUGCUAACCUUUUCCCAGUCUUUAUGCUAAGCUAAGCUAACAGUGCUAACCUUUUCCCAGUCUUUAUGCUAAGCUAGGCUAAGCUAACAGUCUUUAUGCUAAGCUAGGCUAAGCUAACAGUCUUUAUGCUAAGCUAGGCUAAGCUAAGCUAAGCCAGGCUAAGCUAACAGUCUUUAUGCUAAGCUAGGCUAAGCUAAGCUAAGCUAGGCUAAGCUAACAGUCUUUAUGCUAAGCUAGGCUAAGCUAAGCUAAGCUAGGCUAAGCUAACAGUGCUAACCUUUUCCCAGUCUUUAUGCUAAGCUAGGCUAAGCUAAGCUAAGCUAGGCUAAGCUAACAGUGCUAACCUUUUCCCAGUCUUUAUGCUAAGCUAGGCUAAGCUAACAGUCUUUAUGCUAAGCUAGGCUAAGCUAACAGCCUUUAUGCUAAGCUAGGCU